GCAGACAGAGGCUGCAGGAAAUUGCAGGUCUGAAGAACACAUGCAGUGCUAAAACAUUCUGUUCUCUAACUAAAUGUGUAUUAACAUUUGUAGGGAAAGCAUCUAUAUAUGUAACUGCAUAGUUUUACAUAUCUCAAGACACAGCUGGCGUCUUGCUUGUCGGCAAUAUUUGUAACGCCUGGAAUCUGAAACUCUUUGAGUCCAGUUCAGCAAAUAAGAAUGGGAUUCUCAAUGACCUUAUGUAUUUACCUUGUGUUCACGUGUUCAUUUUGUUUGGCAAGAUAUACUCACUCAGAAUCAGACAUCUCUGCAGGUAGUGGGGAUGGUGAAGGUGGAACUACGGUAUCUCCUACACAGAGCCAUCAGCUUUUCAGCCUUACAACAGAAGUCCUUGGAACACAUUCCAAUGGAACAUCCACGUCUCUUAGCAUUCUUGAAAACAUUACACAGUUUUUAAAAGAAUACAUGUUGCUUAUCAUUGUGGUGGGUUCUUUGGUGUUACUACUUAUAUUCAUUGUGUGUGCAGCUGUAAUUAUGAGUCACAAACAAAAGGCUUCAGCCUAUUACCCUUCCUCCUUCUCGCAAAAGGAGUAUGUAAACCAUGAUGACAUGGCUGGUGGAAUUAAAGCUUUCAAUGAAAUUCAAGAGAAACCUCAAGAUGCAAAGGUAGAAGAAGUUGUGGAUUCCACCAAACAGCUUCAGGCAGAUAUCCUUAAUGCUGCUCAGAAUCUCAAAUCUCCAACAAAGGGCCCAAAUAUAAGACAAGAACCACAUCUUCAAACAAAAGAGACUCAAGAAGGACAGAUUACAGAGGAAACAAUAAAAACCCCCAAAGAAGACACUGCUAAAGCUCAGGAGGUUUCCCCAUGUGAGAAAGUAGAGCAAACUCCAUGUAACCAGGUAGAGGAACCAAAACCUGAAGAAAGUAAAGAUAAUGUUCCAGCUGAAGCAGUUUCUCAGAAGACUCAAGAAGAGUCCAAGGAUCAGGUAGAAGAGGUGCCUCCUGCACCCUGUGAUUGUGGCAAUGAAAGUAACCCCAACCCAUCUGAAGGACAAGAAACGCAACAGCCCUCAGAUACCAGUGGGGUUUAAUAUAAUAGAAAUGUAAGAAAAGAACUUGGGUUCAUAUUAAGGUAUUGACUUGGUGGGGUGGGGGUGUUAAUAACAUUAAGACAGCCACAUAUUAAUGUAGAAUCAUAAAGUCAGCUGAAGCUGAACUUUUACACUUAACAUUUUAUGGCAACUGUGAGUUCCUCAGUGUUAUGUAAAUAUUGUCAGAAAUCAGAAGCAAAACCAAAGUAUAAUUAAAUCAAUAGCCUCAAUAGUGUUACAUUUUCUAUUAAAAGGACAUUGAACACAAACUUAAAUGCUUUGUAAAAUGUCUUAUUAAAAAUAUAAAUGCUGUUGCAAUGAACAUUUGUUAUUUAUUUUGCCAGCUACUGCUAUAAAAUAUUGUGAUAAUUUCUGCUAUGCCUAUAUCCCCACCCCCAGAGGGACUGAAGACCACAAAUACAUACAGCAGCUGUUCUGAGAUUGUAUACGGGACAAUGCUACAAUGAGUCUCAAAUGUCAGUCUCUGAUUGGCUGCAGCAAAGGAAAUCAGAAGUUUCACCAGGCUUUUCAGGGGGUGUAUACCUGUAUUGUCCUGCAAUAUUAAACCCCUGCAUAUGUUUUCAAAAUUAACAUUGUUAAUGCUUUUUAGACAUUUUAUAUAAGUAGAUUUUUGUAGUGCUUAAUUGCUGACAUAUACUAUGCAUACAUAAGCAAAUGUAUUUUAAUGUCCUUUUAAAUGUCAUAUUGUGUGAGAUCACACAUCCCAUAUGAUUUAUCUAGGGUUGAACUCAUUAAAAAAAACAUACAUCUCAGGUGUAGUGGUAGAUGUGAUGUAAAUCUGCUGUAACUUCAUGAUAUCAUAUUAAAUGUCAUAGGCCUGUUCGCAAAGCUGUGUUUAAAGCCAACAAAUAAACUAGCUCUAGAAUCUAGAUCAUUAUCUUCAGCUAGAUUAAAAAUUCAAAAAACAUUUUAAUAACUAAAAAAAAACAAAUUAUAUAUCUAUUAUUUAUCUUUACAAUUUUGUGACAGACAGGGCUAUAAUUACCAUAGUCAACAAUCAUUUAUGUAGACUAAAAACACAUUGUUCAUUUUUAAAUGUUUCAUUUUUUAAAGUCUUUAUAGCCAAUAUUCAAGUGCAGUAAUAAGCCUGCAGUUUUCAACAUUAGUAAAAUAAAUAUCUCUAUUUUGGUCAAAUACUUAUUAUUUGAAGAAUUUCCUGUAAUUUUUGAUUGGCUAAUAUGCAGGAAUACGUUUCUGGCAAGGGAGUGCAUCUAAGCUCUAAUUUGCCUACAUGUUUCACCUGUUUACUGGGGUAGGACAAAACAGAAUUAAUAAAAAUAAAUAAACAGUUUUUAAAAAGUAGGGCCAUUUGUUAUUUUAUUGUUAAUAAUUAUGCCCCUUUAAACAGAAAGAAACUUUAGCCCUGUUCAGGAGAUGGAUAACUGUUAAUAUAGCAAAUACUCAUGUCAAUUAAUGGGAUUUGGCAUCUGAACCACCAAACUUUACAGGCCACAAAAAAAGUUGUGUUAAAAACAAUUGAAAAAGUGACUAUAAUAUGCAUGUUGUUGUCAAAGGGACAUGAAACCCAAACAUUUUCUUUCAUGAUUCAGAUAGAGAAAACCAUUUUUAAAAAGUUUCCAAUUUACUUCUCUUAUAAAAUUUGCUUAGUUCUCUUGUUAUUCUUUGUUGAAGAUAUAUCUAGAUAAGUAGGAGCACUACAUUACAGGAAAUAGUACUGCGAUCUAGUGCUCUUACUAAUGUAUAACAUUAUGCUGCCAUAUAAUACUGCUGACGUGCACACUCUUCUGCUUAUUUCCCUGCUUUUCAACAAAGGAUAAGAAAACGAAGAACAUUUGAUAAUAGAAGUCAAUUGGAAAGUUGUUUAAAGUCAUAUGCUCUAUCGGAAUCACAAAAUAAAAUUAUAGGGUUUUAUGUCCCUUUAAAGUAUUUGAACCUUCAUUUUCUACAGGGAAAUUGUAUUAAUUUAGAAUCAGGGUACAUUUUACCUAUCAGGACUGAGGUAAUGUAAGUCUCUUACAUGUAAAUUGUAUAUAAAGCCAUAUUUACCCCCUUUAAUAGUAGAACUUUUCAUUAUUAAGUCCUUAAACAAAAGAAAAUAUAUGAAGGACUCUAGAACAUUUAGGUUAGAUCCUUGCUGGCUCUGCUCAGAAAUAUGAUGGUCAGUUUGUUUGUUUAUUUAUUUUAAAUAUACAUUUUCAAAAAUCAACUAGCAUUACAGUUCCAUUCCUUAAAAACACAUUAGUUAUGCUAAUAAUUAUGAAUAAAUUCUGAUUUUAUGUUUUUCCCCCAAAUUAUUGCAUGUCUGUAAAGAUUUUAGAACUUCAAAAAAGUUACUAAACAUCCAUACUUGAAAUAAAUAUAUCCAGGAUCCAGAGGCGUAACUAGAAACCACAGUGCCCAGGUGCACAUUUGAAAAUAGAAGUGAAUUUAAAAGUGUCUUAAAAUGACAUGCUCUAUCUGAAUCAUGUAAGUUUCAUUUUGACUUUCCUAUCCCUUUAACUUCAGUGGCCUCAGGUGUUUUUUCCUGCCCCACAAACACAUAAUCCGGUCAAUCACAGUAGCGCCGGCACCUGCAAACCUAUCUGGAUGUGCCGUUGCUGUAGUUCAUGUGAGCUUUCUGUGUGCUAUGAAAAUAACCAUAGAAAUUGUUAGAAACUACACCACUCAUGUUUUAACAAGUAAGUGUAUUUGUUUUGUACAAUAAAUCUAUCAGUUUUAAAAUAGGCAUUUUGUUUAUAGGAACUGACCAUCAUAUUACCGAAAAGCCAGAAUGCAAAUGAUAACUUAUGACAGGAAUACAGAUGGGAGCUUUAUCUCCUCUUAUUACUGCAGUCAGCAGUUUUGUAAAUACACUUACCUAUGUUUGUUAAAAAAAUAAUAAUACUGUAAUAAUAAAACCAGACCCAAAAGCAUGACCUAAUACAAAGUGAAGAUUGUGCAAUUCAUAUUUUCCUGCCUCUCACUGUGCCUUCCUGUUUCCUCUAUGUUCAAUUCCUGCCUACACUUUAUUUCCUGCAUUCAUAUUUUCCAUCCUAUUUCCCUUUGUGCCACCCUGACUCCCAUUUGUGUUACUUUGUCUGAGCCAUACUGUGUAACUGUUGUGCCACCCUAUCCACCUAUAUUCUAUCCUGUCUUUCCUUUGUGCCAUCCUUAUACCCUUUUGUGCCAUCAUGUCACCCCCUUAUGCUUUCCAUCCUCUUUAUGCCAUCCUGCCACAUCUCUCCCUUUGUUUCCAUCAUAUCCCCUGUGUGUGCCGUUCUGCCUUUCAUUUUGUGCUAUCAUGCCUUCCCUUUGUGUUUUCAAUCAGUUGUUUUAUCCUGCCUAAACGUUGUGCCAUCCUGUCAUUCCAUUUCUAUCUUUAUUCUCUCCCCUUGUUGCCAUCAUGUAACAUAUUUGUUCUAUCCUCCUUUCCUUUAUGCCAUUCUUUCACUCCUUUACGUUAUCCUGCUUUACCCCGUGCAAUCCUGCGCUAUGUUUGUGCCAUCCUGCUUCUCCUUCGUGCCAUUCACACACCCCUUGUAAUAUCCUAUCACCACUUUGUGUCAUGCUGCUUCACCUUUGUGACAUACUGACAUACCUUUGUGCCAUUCAACCUCCCCUUUUUCUUUCCUCUCACCAUUUCUGCCAUACUGCGUCCCCUUCAUACCAUACUUUUACCCCUUUGUGUCAUCCUACUUCCCUUUCUUGCCAUCCUGCCUUGACCUUUGCUCUCCCUUUUUGUCUCCCAAGAGCUUGUUGGGCUUCAGCCCCUGGUUAAGGCCCAUCUUGCACAUUAAAGCAACAUGAAAUCCAAAAAUGUUCUUUGAUGAUUCAGACAGAGCACACAAUUUUAAAAAGGUUUCCAGGUCACACUUAUUAUUAAAUUUGCUUUGUUCUCAUGGUAGUCUUUGUUGAAAAGAUUACCUAGGUAGGUAAUGUGUGUACAUGUCUGGAACACUACAUGACAAUAAACACUGCUGCCACCCAGUGCCCUUACAAACCUAUAACAUUGUUAAAAGCAUUCCUGCAAAACUGCUGCCAUGUAUUGCUCCAGACACGUGCACUCUUCUGAGCCUAUCUGCCUGCUUUUUAACAAUGGAUACCAAGAGGACUACGUAAAUUUGACAAUAGAAGUUAAUUGGAAUUAUUAUUUUUUUUUUAAUUCUAAACUCUAUCUGAAUCAAGAAAGUAAAAUAUUGGGUUUUAGAAACUUCAGAACUGUUAAUGAGACUAUUUAAUUAUUAUUUGUACAGUUUUAUUUUGUAUUCUCAAGAAGCAAUUUGAUUUUACUGAAUUCUAUGAAAUUAUAAGAGUUAUAGCAUUAAAAUAAAAAUGUAACAGUACUUAGGAAUCAACUAUUUUACUUUAGAUUUGUGGAUAUUUAUUAAUAUCAUUUAUUCAGGUACUAUGGGGUUUUGUAUUACUCAGAACUGUAUUUUAUAUUGUGUGUUCAUUCACAAACUGUCUCUGUAACCAGCCAUUUUUGUUGUUGCUUGUGAACAAGUGCCUUGUAAAUUAAUAAAGUAACUCAAACCCCUUUUCUUUUUAA